AUGACACCUAAUAUUCACCGCAACCUCACAGCCGCUGAGCUUGUGGAGUGGGCUCUGAAGCUCGAGAAGGACACCAAGCUGAGCGCACGUGGUGCGCUGUGCGUGCUGUCGUACGCCAAGACCGGCCGCUCACCGCAGGACAAGCGCAUCGUUGACACGGAAGAUGUCGCGCAGAACGUGGACUGGGGCAACGUGAAUAUAAAGCUCAGCGAGGAUUCGUUCGAAAAAGUGAAGAGGCGCGCGACGGAGUUCUUGAACAGCUGCGAGCACCUGUUCGUAGUGGACUGCUUCGCCGGGCACGACGAGCGGUACCGCAUGAAGGUGCGCGUGAUCACGACACGCCCAUACCACGCACUGUUCAUGCUUGACAUGCUCAUCCGCCCGACGGCCGAGGAGCUCGCGAACUUCGGGGAGCCUGAGUAUGUGAUCUACAAUGCCGGUGAGCACAAGGCGGACCCGUCUGUACCCGGUGUGAGGUCGACGACGUGUGUCGCACUGAAUUUCAAAACACACGAGGAGGUGAUCCUUGGGACGGAGUACGCGGGUGAGAUGAAGAAGGGCAUACUGACGGUGAUGUUUGAGUUGAUGCCACAGCAAGGGCACCUAUGCAUGCACGCGUCUGCGAACGUGGGCAAGAAUGGCGACGUGUCGAUAUUCUUUGGGCUGAGCGGAACGGGCAAGACGACUCUGUCCGCGGACCCGAACCGUGCGCUGAUCGGUGACGAUGAGCACGUAUGGACGGACCGUGGGGUGUUCAACAUCGAGGGUGGGUGCUACGCGAAGGCGGUAGGGCUGAACCCGAAGACGGAGGAGGAGAUUUACAACGCGGUACGCUUCGGUGCUGUUGCAGAGAACUGUGUGCUCGACAAACGGACGAAGGAGAUUGACUUUUACGACGAAUCAAUCUGCAAGAACACUCGUGUGGCAUACCCACUAAACCAUAUCCCUGGGGCUCUGACACCGGCCGUGGCCGGACACCCGAAGAACGUCAUCUUCUUGACGAACGAUGCGUUCGGCGUGAUGCCGCCCGUGGCGCGACUGACCCCUGAGCAAACAAUGUUCUGGUUCAUCACUGGAUACACGGCCAACGUUCCCGGAGUGGAGGCCGGCAGCACACCCGUUGCGAAGCCGAUCUUUUCUUCUUGUUUCGGUGGCCCGUUCCUCGUGCGGCAUGCUACGUUCUACGGCAAACAACUUGCAGAAAAGAUGACAACGCAUAAGAGCCGUGUGUGGCUACUGAACACCGGCUAUACCGGGGGCCGCGCGGACCGUGGAGCAAAGCGCAUGUCGCUAAAGGUGACGCGCGCCGUGAUUGAUGCGAUCCACGACGGGUCGCUUGACCGCGCGACGUACACAGUGUACCCUGGGUGGGGUCUGCACAUUCCAACGCAAUGCGCAAACGUGCCUUCGCACCUGCUGGAUCCCCGUAAGUCCUGGAAGGACGUCAACCAGUUCAACGAGACGUCGAAAGAGCUUGUAAUGAUGUUCCGGGAGAGCUUCCGGAAACGCUUCGAGUCGAUGGCGUCUGAUGCCCUGAAGUCCGCCGUUCCAAAGUUUGUGCAAACAGCCAAGCUUUAA